UCAAAAAUAAUUCAUAAGAAAAAAAAAAACGAAAUAAAAAAAAUCCCACUCCGUCUAGAAAAAGAGUUGAAGAAAAAAAUCGGUGUGGUUCUUCACAAAUUACUUUAAUUAAACAAUUGUUAUUAAAAAAUGAAAAUUAAACUUAAAAACUCUCUUUACAUAUUAAUUAAACCACAUUAACUUUGUAAGUUUUCGUAUUAUUCAUCAGACUAAUUCCAAGUUCCACCAAAAACAUAAAUAAAACAAUGGAAACACCAAAAAACACCAAUCAAUCUUCCCCGCCGCCACUAUUAACGCCAAAAUCAGCAAGCGGCCCACAACGCGUUAUAAAACAAAUUAUGGUCAUCGAUCCGACCAAACUCCGAUUAACUGGAUUGGAUGUUAAAAUGGCAGAAGCUUUAAAAAAGUCAAAACCAUCAAAAACACAAUCCAAAUCGAUCUCAAAAGAGAGUAAACUUGAAUUCGCUAAAAGCUUACUUAAUAAAAAGUUGAAAGAUGCUAUGAAAAAGAAAGAAUCCACAAAGGAUUCACAAUCAUCAACAUCGUCAUUGUCAUCAUCACAAACUAAUCCCAAAAACACUCUGAAUAAUAUUGAAAUGGCUGCUCAAAAGCUGUCAUCUAGCAAAUCGGAGAAGAAAGGUUCCCGAGGGAAACCGAAAAUAAGUGUUGCCACUUUAAAAUCUUUAAUGCCACCUCCAUCUUUGCCAACUUCGUCUCCCAAUCAAACGGUGGAGAUUAAAGUGCUGAAUUCAAAGCAAACUAAACAAUCAAUUGAAUUCAAAAUUGUUGAUUCUUCAAAAGAAAGUCCACAAAAGUUGGCUAAAUUCCCUAAAGCAUCUUUGAAAACCACAAAGACUCAAGUUAGUCAUGAGACUGCAGCGAUUACAUCAGAAAUCAAUUUUGAGGUAAGAAAGAAAACGAUUAUUGAAAAUAUUUCAGAUCCUAAGGUCUCUAUCUCGGAGUCUGGGAAACCAUCCGAGGCUCCAGUCGAAUGUGGAGAAGAGAACAAAGCUUCAUCUCCGAUUAAAGCCUCUUUCCAGGAAAAAGAGAUUUCAGAGCCAGUUCAUGGCGUUUCCCAGGUCAAUGAGGUUCCCCCGAUUUUGAAUGAACCCAUAGAAGUUGAAUAUGUGAAUCUAAAUCCAGAUUCUGUUGAACAAAAGGAUCAACUCUUGACGGCACAAGAAGUUGAAUAUUUGAAUUCAAAUUCUCUUGGACCUCAAGAGGAAUCGUUGAUUCCACAAAAAGUUGAAUAUUUGAAUUCAAAUUCUGUUGGACUUCAAGAGGAAUCGUUGAUCCCACAAAAAGUUGAAUAUUCUCUUAGACCUCCAGAGGAAUCCUUAAUCCCACAAGAAUCAAGUCUUGUCGAAAUGACACCAAUUCAUUCUGAAUCUCUUCCAUAUACUAAAUCAGAAUUACCUAUAAAAAGUGUUACCACAUCAACACCAAUUCGUCGAGUAUCCUUGGCUCAAGUUAUUGAAAGUAAAGUUUUAUCGCCAGAUGAAAAAAUUGACUUAAGUCUUCUAACAAAAAAACCACCAGUUGUUGGUUUAACAGUACCGAAAAAAAGAUAUAAACUGGAUCAAAAUUGGAUAACUCCAGAGCCAAAUCAAGAAGAAUCAACGAUUUAUUUAAAUUUGUCGCCAGUUACAAAGGGAAAACCGGUUGCUCCUGUGGUGGAACAACCACAGGUGGUAGAAGAAUCAGCUGUGGAUUUUAUCAAUAAUUUAUCAUUCUUUUUUGCUGAAAGUCAAAAAUCAAAAUCUAAUGCGCCGGCUUUGCCAGAUAGUUUGACAAAAGAAUGUAGUGAAGAUGCAACUAGUUUUUUGGUUUCGUUGUUUCAGAAGAAUCAAGGGAAUUCACUGGAAGUUCAAAAAUCGACAAAGGAAAAGGAUGAAGAUUCGGAAGCCUUGGAAUCAUCUUGUAUAACAAAUAAUGACCAAUCUUCUGAACAAGAAUCAAGCUUAAAGACUCCUUUGAAUACAACAACUAAAAUAGCGUCAAGCUUAAAAAAUCCUUUGGAUACAAUAAAUACUCCAAAGUCAAGCUCAAAAACUCCUAUGAAUACAACGGAUUCUCAAGUUCCAGAACUUGACAAAAAGGAUUUAUCAAACAAAGAAGAAAAUAAAACAGAGAAAGAGCAAAAAGUUGUUAAAACUCCUACUCAGUCAUUAAAUGAUUCUCAUGUUGCAACAAACUCAAAUACAGAGAAAAUAUCAAUUGAAGAUAUCAAAUCAAUAACUUCUAAUUUAGAAAAUGAAAAACAAUCUAUAGCGUCUAUUGAACCUAUAGAGCCUCCCAGUGAUCUCGUUAAAACUGAUUCAAAUACCACUCUUCUUGCAGAAAAAGAGGAAAGUAAACUCCCUAAUGUGUCUCUAAAUACAACUUUACCAAUCCCUUCUGCAACUGAAGAAAAAUCAACACCCAAAUCAUCACUUCCGUCGAUAAGUUCUCGCAGAAAGACCAACAAACCAAUUCCAGUGUUGAUACCAAAAUUAAAAAAAAGUCGUAAACCAUCAACUCUUGCUCAAAAACCUGAACCUGAAGAACCUAAAGAACUAUUAGUUCCGCAAAAAUCUAUAGAACAGCCAGUAAAUGAAUCACCAACUCAACCAGUACAAAAUAUAAAAGAAUUAAAUAAUGAUGUUGUUUCAAUAGAUUCAACGACUCCUCUUCAAAUCAAAGAAGAUCAACCUAAAAAGGAAGAACAAUCUUCUGACCAAAUAACACAAAUAACAUCACAAAAGUCUCCUCGAAAACGAAGAGAUACACCAAAAUCUGGAAUAUUUGAACCAACACCAGUUUCGACAUUACCUUCUCCUUUGACUUUAACUGAUUCUGUCGAAAUUUCCGAAGAACUUCCAUCAACUAGUAGUAGCAUAGGAAGACCACAACGGCAAAGAAAAAUCUCAUUAAAAUUGAUAGAAUCAUCUGAAUUUCUGCCAACAGUUACAUCUGCUUUUCAAGGAAUUGUUAAUAGUACAGUUGAUAAAGCUUUCAAGGAAAAAAAAGACUCACCUAGUACAAAUACAGAUAAACCACAACGUCAGAGAAAAGUUUCUUUUAAAUUAUUGGAAACAACUGAUCAACAUCAGGCUGAUAUAAAAUCAACUAACCAAGGGCAAGACAAUGUAAAGGAACAAAAAAGCACUGAAAAGGUUGAUUUAGCUUCUACAACAGGAAAGGUACAACGACGAAGAAGAACAAGUUCCAAGUUAUUGGAAACCACCCCUGAACCAACUACGACACUAAAACCAGCUACUCAAUCACUAGACAACUCAAUUGAACAGGAGGUCAAGAAAACACUCCCAACUCCGACCACAGAUAGACCACAACGUACGAAAAGAAUGAGUUUCAAAUUAAUGGAGUCUUCGGAAACCCUUUCUUUGGCUUUGAAGUCACAAAAACAUUCUGUUGACCAAGAAACUAAAGACAAAUUAGACAAAACAGAAUCACCGCGGUCGACUAAGAAUGAGAUGAAAGAAGCUGUAAAUGAUCCAAUUGCUCAAUUAGUUGCGUUUCACGAAACUGUUGAAAAAUUCGAAUUGGCAUGUGGUUCGUUGAAAUCAAAACGAAUUCAAGAUAUAGCAAUAAAUGCAGAGGGAGAAGGAAAUUCAUUAUCAGAGUAUCCUUUUCACGAUGCAAUUUGUAAAAGUUCAGAAUCAACAAUAUCGGCCACUACUGAUGAUACAACUGUUGAUUCAGUUCAAACUAAUCAAACAAUUCAGGAAGAGAAAAAUGUGGAACAAAUACCAACCAAAAUUCUUAGAAAACGAAAAGAUUCUUUAAAAUCUAGAAACAUUGCCAGCGAUCAUAUUUCUAUAGUUUCUAGUGAUUCAGAAGAUACACCAAUUUGCAAACUCAAGAAAACGAGUCCAAUAAUUAAACAAUCUGAAAUUAAAGAAGCUUCAGAAACAGAUUCGAAGCCAACAGAAAAUGAAAAGGAAUCUAAAAAAGUGCUCAACGAUUCUUCAUUUCUGCAGAAUCCAAAUGUAACAACAGAAUCGGUCGACACUCCAACUAUUGUUAAGAAAAGAAGAGGUAGACCUCCUAAAGUCAAAAAAGAAUUUCCAAAAGCAGAAGUUGUAGAAAAUGCUGUCGAACCAGAACCCCAACCAACAGCAACUAUAACAAGAGCAAAUUCACAUCUUAGAGGAUCAUGGGAAACACUUACUUCUACCGAUGAGCCAGAUGUGAAGGUUCUUGAUAAACCUGUUUCUAAAAGAGGUAGGAAAAAAGGAUGGAAUUCCAAGUUAAACACUUCGAAAAAUAAAGACCUUGACGAGACCUUAAAUAAUAAAGAUAUUGUAGAAGUUCCUGAUAAAAGCAUUUCCCUAGUACUAAAUACAUCUUGUGGAAAAGCACUACCUUCUACCGAUGAACAAGAUGUAACAAUCAUUGAUAAACCUGUUUCUAAAAGAGGCAGGAAAAAAAGAGUAAACUCUAUGUUAAACACUUCGAUAAAAAAAGACCUAGACGAGACCUUGGAUAAUAAGGAUAUUGUGGAAGUUCUUGAUCGAAAUAUUUCUUUAGAUUUAAACACAUCUCAUGCAGAAGAAAAAGAUGAACAAACUUCAACGCCAAUAGUUCCCAGAAAACGAGGUCGUCCACCAAAAGUUCGUAAAAUAGUUCCGGAGGAACAACCAUCAACAAGUAAAACAAAGAACAUUAUUGAAAAAGUAGCUUCUAAAAAAGAAGAAUCAGAUAAGGCAGUGGAAGCAGAAGUUGCCAAAGAGGAUCAUGUGGCUUCUAAAGAUCCGACGACUGAAGAACCAUCUAACUCCCCUGAUCCUACUGCGCCGAACAUAAUUCAAACCACUUCCAACAAAAAACAAGACGUUCAAAAGGAUGGAUCUGUGCAAUUGUCAAUAGGUGUCGAAAUAUCGGAAUCUGGUUCCAGUGAGCUUGGAACUGCUGAAAGUGCAAUCAAUGAAACACAAAAAAUACCUGAAACUAGUUUGGUAGUUGAAAUUGAAUACCACAAAUCACCAGUAAAAUCAGUUAAAGUAAACGAUCAGGAAGUUAUUUCUCAGAAAGUCGAACAAAAGGGAUUGACUUCUAUUGAAUCCAAUAAGAAUUCAGAACCUACUGGUUCAGAUAUUAGUUCAGUCGAUUCAAUUGAACCUUGUCAGGUUGAAAAUCAAAUUGCAGGACAAGAAUUAAUGCCUAAAGUAGACCAUUCGAAUUUAGCAGAAAUAUCAGAAUCAAAUAUAUCAGAGCAGGAAUGUAGCAAAAGUGUAUCAACGGCUGAUGAGAAUUUAUUUGAUAAUCUUAAAUCCUCAGAAACUUUGAAAGCAGCUUCUUCAAAACUUCGUUCAGACGAAUCUGAUUUAAACAAGAAUAAUGAUGAUUCAUUAUCAAAUGUAAAUGAACCGAUUAAAACUAUUCCUCACUUUGAAGAUGUAACAUUUGACUUAGAUAAUAUUGAAAGCCCAUCAUUUUCACCAAUUUGUGAAAGAUCAAGAAUAUCAGAAGAUGAUUCCGAUGGAUUCGAAGAUAUCGAUGAAAAUUUCACAUCGGCAAUAAUUGACACUGUUGCAGAAGCUGAAAAAUCUGUAGACGUUUCGAAGAUGUCUAAGGAAGGACUUGACAAUCUAAAGCAAAGUUCUUCUUUUAAUUCUGAAUCAUCUCCUACAAAAAAAUUAAAAACUUCUGAAUCCCUUAAAGAAGAUUCAAAAUAUAGUAGUGAUAAAGAAAGUUCUUUGGUUUCUGAAAAGAAGUCUGCUGAGAGUUCUAAACAUAUCGAUGAACCAACAAGUAACGAUGUUAAAGAGACAUCUUUGGUUAUUGUCGAAGAGGAUCCAAAACAUGUAAAUGAUGAAAGUCCAUCAUUGUCUUCAUCGAUUACCACUAAAACUGCGGAUAGUAUGAAACAGUUGGCAUGUGAGAAAAGUGGAGAAAGUUGUAAAACAAAUGCUUUAGUGCUCGUUGAUAAAUCUUCGGAUAGUCUAUCAUUAAUUAGUUCUGGCACUACAAGUACUCCCGAAAAGGUCAAACCUAUUGAGGAAGAGCCAACUUCUGAUAAAAAGAAACAGUCUUCUGCUUUAUAUUCAGCAGUUGUUAAUAAAUCAGAAGAAAAAACAAAGAUAACUAAAGCGAAGAAUCCUUUCAAAAAACAAUCACUCAAAGAAAAAGAUAAAGAUACAGAUACCAAGUCUCCAGUAGAUUUUCUAGGCUUUGAUGCAGAAGAGAUCGAAGAAGGUCAACAGUCAACAUCUUUAAGACUUUCUCAAUCGGAGGAUGCCGAGACUCUUAGUAUUAUUGAAUCACCAUCAAUAGUAAACAUCAAACCAAAACAAAAAAUUAGAAAAGAAUCUCAAGAUAAUAGUGGGACAAAGGUUAAAAAAGAGAAACAAAAAUGGGAAAAGAAAUCAGCAAAUACUUUGAUCAAUUGGCUGUCGAAUCCUGCAAAAGGUGGUGCUGCUGCAACAAGUGACGAUGUCUGUGAUACAAAGGAGGAUGCAAAUGAACAAAGUUCAUCAGUUCCUCCUAAAAAACGUCGCACCAAAGUUCAAAACUUAGAUGAAUCGAUCACUCUGACAAAGCAUGUUGAGCAUCAUAACAACGAAGCGAUUAGCCAUGAAGUUGAUUUGGUACUAAAAAAAGAAAAAGGUAAAAAAGGAAGAACGCCAAAACUGAAAAAGCAUACCAAACUUGAAGAAAGUUUGUGUGAAACUAUAACAAGUCCCAAACUUGAAGAAAGCUUCUGCCAAAAUAUAACAAGUACCAGCAAAGAUCUGAAUUUAUCUACAAAGCCUUUUUCAACUAAAAGUAUGAAAGUGGCCGAGGAGACAACUUCAAAAGACGAGACACCUAAACGAGGAAAGAAAAAAGCUGGACAACCAAAUAUCGUCCCUGAUGAAUUUGUAAAUGUUGUUUUAAAAACCACAUCAGUAAGAACGCCCAAGGGAAGAAGUAGAAAAAGAAAACGAUCUGAAUCAGAAGAAUGCACAACUGAACCACCAACUAAACUACCCCAUCUGGGUGCAGACUUACUUUUAACUGAUUUAUACUCGUGUCAACCCAAACGAAAAGCGGGUCGCCCAGCCAAACGAACAAGCUGCGACUCUACACAAAUUUCCAUAGAUACUGCUUCUCCUUUUACCGAUCCUCCACUACCAAAAAGAAAAUUCAAGACUGACUGUGAAUUCAAUCCUAGACUCCUUCUCAUACGAAAAAGAGAAGAACUCAAUAGCGAUGAACCCAUUGUCGAUCCUAAUUUACAAACUGAACGAAAAAGUCCUGACGAUGUGCAAUGUGCUCUUUGCAUGGGCUACACACCAAAAAAGAAAUGGAUUCAACACGUUAGCAAUCAUUAUGGCAUUGGUUGGAUUGUAGGACAACCACCUCCUUUGAAUGUAAAAUCACGCGCUUCGGUUCUUAGCUUUUUGAUUGAAUUCUUUAAAGUUUCGAAAAUCAAAGGUUUGAAUUGUCGUCUGUGUAAUACACUUCGACGAUCUGGUCUUGGACUUCUUAUGCAUUUAGAGCAGUGCUGUCUUACCAAAGAAGAAUUGGACAAGAAUCGCAUUGUUUGUGAAUAUUGCAAGAAAAAUUAUUCCAAAGCUUCAUUUUUAGGACAUCAAAGAACAUGUUCAGAAUACUUAAAAUAUGUUUUAGCACAGUCAUCACUUGAAAAUACUGAAAAGUCAGAAGAUGUACCCAAUAUUGAUGUACUUUCAAAUACAGGAAGGUUGAAGAGGAAGUCUGUAAUCAAAGCUGAAACAAAACUGAAAAGCUUAACAGAACCCCCAGAAUUUGUUCCCGACGAUUUUAUCGAAUACAUUCCUAAAGAAAUUACACCAGAUAUUGAAAUAAUAAAAGAAAAUUGGCGUUUGGAAAUAAAUUCCUUGGGAAAAGGGUUUUGUGCAAAUAAAAAAUGUCAUUUUACUGCGACAUCUGUAGAAGAACUUGUUGCCCAUUAUGAUGUGAAUAUUUGUAAACAGUUUACGAAAACUGGUUAUGUUUGUUUAAAGUGCAAAUUUAAGUAUGACUUUCAUCAUGAUGACAUCGAAGUAGUUCGACGUCAUGUCGUAGCAAGUCAUUCGCCGAAAGUGCCUAAAGCUAAAGAUGAUAUUGAAGCGGAAAUUAAUUCAUCAGAAUCAUCAGAUUCAAUAUCAUCGGGUGAAGAAGAAGUCGAUAGUGAUGAAGGAGCAGAUAGUGAUGCCGAGAAAGGUGGGGAGGAUGGAGAAAAAAAAUCAAAACCCAAAAAGAAGUCAAAAAAGAAAAAAUUAAAGAGAUUCUCGCUCAAGAAUCCACCGACUAAAGAGUACAGAAAACUUCUUCCUGAAAGAAAUUCAAAAAUUAAAAAUGUUGUAAUCGAUCAUUAUGAUAAAUUCAUUAAGAGUAAUUAUUCUCUUGAUCCUCUUUUUACCUUCGCCACAACAAAUGUAACUUAUACAGAAGCAUCUGACUCGUAUUUUGCCAAAUCUACGGAAUCAAUUAAAUUCAUUCAUGAUGGCUUUAAUGGAUUUGUCAAGACAUUUGGUGAAAUAAAAAUUGAAAAAGAUCAAUGGAAACAAUUAGAAAGGCUUCAUGGGCUGACACAUAAAUCUGAAUACACUAUUUAUAUGGGUGGACCUGUGACAAGCUUAGCUUGGGUUCCUCUUGAUCCUCACCCGCCAUCUAAUACACAGUACCUAGCAGUAACUAUUCGAAAGGGAUUGGAUAAAUUUGCACGUUUUAAAAAUCAAAAACGUAGUCGAACACUUAUUUAUAUUCUCAAAUUUGAUUUAAUUGAGUCGUCAGAAGUUAAAGGGGCAAUUAGCUAUGCUGUAGCUAUUGAUGAUGGUCCAAUACAUGCUAUUGAAUUUUUACCAAGUGGUGGCUAUUCACCAGAAAUGAAUAGACUUGGAAUGAUAGCUGUAGGUACGGCAGAGACUGAAAUAAAAAUUUAUUCUCUGCCUCUCUAUGUAGAGAAAAAUGACUGUGAUUUGUUUCCAAUUGUUCGAUUGGAAGCUGCGAUGGAAUUGCAUUUGGAUGUGUCGGCAAAUCCAAGUGAUGACAUGGAUAAUUAUAUGACUCAAUGUACAUGCUUGGUAUGGUCAAAGUUUGCUGGCCAUAAUUUUAUAGUUGGAGGUUUUGUGAACGGUUUCAUCGGCAUUUGGGACAUCAGUGAUGAUGUUGACAAUCUAAAUCGAUUCAAUCGAAACGGAACAAGGAUUUUCUGUCCGGUUUCUUUCUUUUGGACAUCGGAAGAUCGUUUAAUGAGUUUGGUUAUGCAUUAUGACGUGAACGGUCCUCGAUGGCUGGCAGCUUGUAACUCAACGAGAAAAAUAAUGCUGUACGAUUUGCGAGACAUUACUGAGCCAGUAUUAUUUCGCAUAGAAGUGACAAUAAAUGUAAUCACUUGCUUAGAAUGGCCAGUUAUUUGGGAGAAUUUUUUUUAUGGUCUUGGUGAUAUGAUGCCUUCAAAUGGUUGUAUAAUUAGUGCGUUCAGUCCGAUGACAAUUUUGUAUAACAAUCGUAGAUUUGAAAAAUUCUGCACUGGAGUGACGGACAUACAUUAUAACAUUUGGAAAAAUUCCUUUGUCGGUGGGGCAGAUAACGGCGAUAUUCAAGUGGCACCGUUGAGAGAAGGUGUUUUAGAUGUUGCACAGAGAUUGAAAAUUGAUGUGAAAACUAUAUCCACAUUGGAUAUAGUUUCAUUAACUGACGAUAAGGAAAUCAAUGCGCUUCCUGAAGAGGGACAGCGGGUAUUUGACAAUGAAGCUAUGGGCCAAUAUGGAAUAGUGUUUGGUUCUAUAAGAAAAUUACCUGGACGUAAAAAACCAGAAUAUUAUGAACCCAAACGGAUACCUCCGGUAAAUUUACAACGAUUAGUGCGGAUAAAUAAAAUAAGAUACAAUCAUAAUAAAAAUGCAUGUGAUGUGUUAGCGAUGGGCUAUAAUAAUGGGCUUUUAAGGGUCGAUAUUAGAGAUUGGCUUAUGGAAGGACAAAAUUGA